GUACUAACUCGUUCCCACGAAAUGUAUUAAAGAGAAGUAAUAAUUCGUAGUAGGAGAACACGCAAUAUUUUCAUAUCAUUUAAGGUUUGUAGAUCAUUCCCGAAAAGUGCGAACGUGGGUUACCUCAUUGGCGAAUGCUGUAAUAGAAAUUUCUUUAUAUUUGAUCGAAUAAGUGAAUUCCAGUUAUACAACUUGUUCUGAAGUAAUUGACUCGCGUGGAUUGAACAUAGACAAAGAUACAAAAUGGGUUGGGGAACAAAAAUGGAUGGCUGUGGAAAUUUUAUAAAGUACAGUUUAUUCAUUGUAAACUUCAUUAUAUUUUUGGGAGGGAUUGUAGUAGUUUCCAUUGGAAUUUGGACGAUUGUUGAUAAAUCUUUCGCCAAUGAACUUCUUGGAACGAAUCUAUAUGCUGGAGCGGCCUAUAUAUUACUGGCUACUGGAAUAUUAGUCACAUUCAUAUCAUGUCUUGGUUGCGUGGGAUCAGUGAAGGAAGUUCGAUGUAUGCUAGUCAUAUACUUCAUCAUUCUUUUCUUGAUUUUCGUCACAAUGCUUGUCGGAGGAAUAUUAGGUUAUGUCUUCCGUGGUAAAAUAGAUAAUACAAUAAGAAUUGGAAUGGAGAGCUCACUAAGAGAUUAUGGAAACAAUAAAGCUGUAACAGAUGCAUGGGAUCAAACCCAGAUUCAAUUGAAAUGUUGUGGAGUUUAUGGUUACCAAGAUUGGCAAAAUAACAUACCCAGAUCUUGUUGUAAAAUGACAGCUAAUGGCAUAGCAGUUCCAUGUAACAGUGUUGAAGGAAAUAAUGAAUUCACAAUUAAUCAAGACGGAUGCCUAGGGGUUACCAAAAAUUUUGUCAAAGCGCACGCUGUUGUCAUAGGUACUGCUGGAAUUGCAGUUUCAUGUCUUAUGAUUUUGGGCAUGGUGUUCUCGUGUUACCUUUUCAAAUCAUUGGAAUAAACCGCGAUUGCCAUCGUCAAAUAAGUGAAGUUAUAAGGAAUGAAUUAUUGAAUCCAUUUAUAUGUGAUCAUUUUGUUCUGUACUUAAUUGUGGUAAUCAAGAAUAAUUAAUUUCUUCCAUUAGAAUAUUCAUCGAGUUAUUUGAAUCAAAUUAUGUAGGUAACUGCUUAAUGAUACACUGUUUUAUCAGAAAAUUGACAAAUGCAUAUAUACUUUGUUAAAAACGAUCAGCUCUCGAAGUACUGUAUUCAAAUAUCUUAUCUUCAAAAAGUAAAACAAUAAAAUUAUCAAGAAGACAACAACUUAUCAAGAUUUUUAUCAAAUUUUCACAUAAAUUAAUGCACGCGAUAACUUCAAUCCAGGAAAAUAUUAAUACAAAAUAGUAGAUUGAAUAACUGAAUAAUGUACCUGAGUUGGAUCAUUCAAAUACCUUAUAUAGAAACAUCUCUUUGAAAAACAGACUGCCACUCCCUCUCAGAUACAAAUAUCCUUCGAUGAAUUGGUGUAAAAAUAUUCCAAGUUCAGUAAAGGCAAAAAAUCUGCCCUGCGUCUACCUAACAAAUGUAGUAUUUACACUGGAGUAGCAUUUGCUACACUCCAUGCUCUAAAAAUGUGCAGAACAGUGAAUGAAAAAAAAUCCCUAAUCGUCUCUGAUUCAUCAAGCACACUAAAAGAUUUUAUAACUUUAUACCCAUCACACCCGAUCCAUCAACUCAAAAUGGAACUUUAUGCCUUAUAACAUAAAAACAUUUUGUUUCUAUGGCCAUCGUCACACACGGGAGUAAAAGGAAAAGAAGAAGUAGACUCUUGAACACAUCAAUAUCCUCUAACAAAAAAAACGGCGUCUUUAUGUUAAACAUACCAAACCAGAUUCACAGAAGACGCUACAAGCUAAGAAAAAAUUUGAAAUCAAUUCUCUCUUCAUCCGGAAACGAAGUGCUAUGUUAAUUAGAGACACAAAUUUGAUAUCUAAAAUCUAAUGUCUCAUUAUUAUAAAUUAUAGUACUAUGUUGUGAAUGUCUCCCAUGCUAAUAACUCUUAGUAGUUGAUGCGGGGUUAUGUAUGUUUAAAUAAACAUAUAUUUCUACAGCAAAAUUCUGUUCUCCUUGUACACGAUAAGUUCAUAAAUUAAAUAUACUAAAUUUCAAGAAAUAGUGAACAUAAUAUUCUAUUAUGCAAAAACAUUUAAAUUUUUAUACGAGAAGAUUACGCUCAAUUAGUAUGUUUAUAAUAAAACAUACACUGUAAAUAUGUGUAUUUUCCUAUUCGCAUUUAUCUGAAUACUUAGAUUCUACAACUCGGAAAAUAUAAAUUUCUAUUUUCAAUUGAUUCCUAUGCCGUUUAUGAAUGAGAGCGUUAGCACUCUUAUCCUUUUCAGAAUGUAUUUAUUUUUUUUUUUGGAAAUAUAAGAGACACCUAUCGUUUAUUUGCUAUUGAAAUGAAACAACUAUCGACCCUUGUUCCCAAUUAAAGCAGAUAAUAAGAGUUUAAAAACAGAAACCUACCUAAAAUAAUAUAGAAAACAUUUUCAAUCCAAUUCAUUUUAAUUAUCAUAAUAUUGAAACUUAUAGAAUUCAGUAUUAUAUUUCAACUAAAAAAAAUGGUAAUUGUUUCCAUUCAAUUAUAACAGAAAUUAUUUCCUUCUCUUUAAUCAAAUUAAUUUUAACAUUAUGAGUACCAUCUUGUAUAAAUAAACAAAUAUGAUUAUUAAGAUCUAAAAAGGUGUGCUCGUAAUAAAAAUAAUUACAAUGAUUUAUAUACUUUAAGAUUAACAAAUAGUUGGUAUUAUUAAUAUUCUAGAGAGCUCAACUUGCAGAGAUCCGCAAUGCAUUUUGAACAACAGGUAACUGUGGAAGCACUGAGACAUACCAUGAAAAUGUCAACUUUGAUAAUAUGGAUUACAAAACAAUUCAUACAAUGUUUAUUAACCUAUAUUCAUAUCCAAUUGUUGAAGGAUUGAAAGAAAUAUUAAUAGUAUCCAACAUACAUAUGUUUACUGAGCAAAAAACUUCGUACACUUCCUAUAGAAUCAAGUUUCAUAAAAUUUUGAUAUUCUUGACUAAUCCAUUCCUCUGGUAGAAUCAUUUGAAAAUUGCAAAUGUAUAAUACUCGCUAAAGCUAGUAAACAGUAUCAAUACACAAUUCCUAAACAUCUAAUUACUUACUUGCAGUCACGGAAAUCUUGCUUCGGUUUUGAUUGAUAUUCGUCCUGUAUAGAAGCUUCAUCGCUAGUGCUUCUGCUCAAAUUAUUCUCCCAAAUUCUUGAAUAAGAUCCACAAUAUAGUUUUAGAAACUUCGAAGCACCCAUACAGCAGCUUCCGAUUAAGCUUCGAGCCGUUUCAAAUUUAAAAUACAUAUUUUGUAUGUUUAGCCAAUCGAAGAUAAUUUUUCAUAAGAAUUGACUCUCAGUGUGUUCUGUAUUGUGUUUGUCGAUAAACCAGUGAAUAAAUUUGUGUUUCAAGCCAUGACAAUGAAGACUAUUUAUUUAAAACAAACACCACAAUUCUUCAUUUGAAAUAUUGCACCACAAAGUAGUUUAAAAUUUAAUUCGUACAUCAAUGGACUUUACAGGGAAAAAUAUUCGUUAAAUUUUAGAUGAAAUAUACGAUGCAUAUUUUUCACUAGUCUUAGACACCACCACUAUUCAAUGUUUAUAGAAUAUACUAACAUGCAUUUAUAGAUACUUGGACUAGCACAUAUUAUAAUAAAAAAUAUUUUUCAGCAUAUAUGAAUAUUAUCAAUACUAAAGUACAAAAUAUAUUUAUAAGAAGACAAUUGUUCAUUCUUUUUAUUUUUAGACUAUUUAGAGUUUCUAAUAUUUUUAAAGAUCAGUAUAGAUGUUGCUGUUUUCAGAUAUUUGUAACUGAAGGUGAAUUUAUGUAUGUUCAACGAAAUAUUGAAGCAGAUCUCUUUGUAAAAGUAUAUAUAAUAAAUGUUUAUCACUUGUGCAGAGGCUAGA